AUGUCAACACGCCAAGAGGGCGAAGACCAUGACUUUAUGAGUCAGCUGCUCCUGUCCGGAAAGUACAGUGAUUUUAAAUUACGAUGCCAUGGUGUCGAGUUCAAGCUCCACAAGUCCGUCGUUUGUAUGCAGAGUCCCAUGUUUGCAGCUGCACUGGAUGGCAACUUUACUGAAGCGGCUUCCGGCACCAUCGAUGCUGAACUUUUUGAUGUCGACACGAUUCGACGCCUGGUCCAAUUCUUUUACAUCGGCGACUACAAUACAGAGAACCCAAGUGACACCAAGCAGCUUAUCAUCAAGCUCGAGUCACCCUCCGAAGAAAACCUUACGCUUACGCCCGCUGGAACCGAGAUCUUGAGCGCCAUUUCCGUCGCCGAUCAGCUGCGAGCUCACAUCGACCUCAACAUUGCCGCCGAUUACUACCAGGUCCCCGACCUCCUCAAGAUGACAAGAGACGAGGUGGAAAAAUUGCUGCAACAUCACUGGAAUGCCAGCGCUUUCCCAGAACUCUUCGACCGCGUGUCUUCAGUGGUCGCUGAUGCAAAACUUCAAUCAAUUGUCACCGAUGCGGCAGCGCGCCAUUUGGACGAACUCGUCCAAUUGAAGGAGUUCCGGGAACUGGAUUGUAUCAACGAAAUCACGAUCAAGCUUCUUUCGAGCAUUCUCGAAGCAAACAAGUCGGCUCGGAGCCCGAAGCUUAAGAGCCCCAAGAAAAGAAAGUCGACUUUCAGCCGAUGGUAA